UCUUUCCGUAGUUGGAAGUAGUAGAACAUACAUACAGUUGGCAAUAUUUCCGUUGUCAACUAUUUAGCCAAUUUUGAAUAAUAUAGAUUUGCAUUUGGUAAUACUGGCAACAUAACAGACAUUGACAUUGACAAAUUUAUUAUGGGUGAUUUUUUAUUUGGAAAUAUAAGAAUAUAAAUUUAAAUACUCAAUAAGACAUAUUUGUUUAUAAAUAUUAAUAAUGGGUCGUGCAAAUUAUACGCAAAUAAUAAAUGUCAUAAGAAAAAGUACUAUUAAUUUAGGAAACUGCAGUGUUUAUAGAUCAUAUUGUCAUAGUUUGACUCCUCUAUCCAGAACUUCAGUAGUGAAUUCUUUUAUAGUUCCAUCUAUAAUGAAUCAAAAUAUUUUAUCUAGACAAACAUUUAGACUUAAUAGUACAGAAUUUAAAGAAGCAAAGGAAGAUAGUGGUACUUCUGUUAAACAAGCUCCUGAUAAAAUAGUAAUUACAGAGUCAUUAUCAAGAAAAGAAAAAUUAAAAAAGGCCGUUAAAGAAUAUGGGUCAACGGUGAUCAUUUUUCAUGUUGGAAUAUCUCUAAUAUCAUUGGGUACAUCAUAUGCUCUUGUAUCAAUAGGAUUAGAUGUGAUGUCGCUAUUUGAGAGUAUAGGAUUAAAGGACUGGUUUUCUAAUAGUAACAUAGCAACAAAUGCUGGGACUUUUGCUGUUGCUUAUGCUAUUCAUAAAGUUUUUGCUCCAAUCAGAAUCACUAUAACUCUAGCAGCUGUACCAUUCAUUGUUAGAUAUUUGAGGAGGAUAGGAUUUUUGAAAAAAUGACCCAAGUUUAUUAUCACUAAGUAUACUAUCUCAUGUUUACAUAUACUAUUCACAUUAUUAUUUUAUUUUUUGUAAAGAAAUAUAAAUUAAUAUUCUUUCUCUAAUAAAAAAAUUGGAAAUGUU